AUGUUCAUGCAACGCACCGCCAUCGCCGCGGCUCGCCGUGCGGCUAUCAAGCCCGCCGUCGCCCGCUCCUUCGCCACCUCCUUUGUCCGCCGCGAGGCCGCCAAGGGUCCCUCUACCCCUAGCGAGCAGGCCGCCGCCCUCGCUCACGACAGCAGCACGUCUAUCGGCACCUACAAGACUUUUAACCAAGUUAAGACUGAGGACGACCUGUUCGGACCUGGCGCCAAGGCUGGCACUGUCCCGACCGACCUCGAGCAGUCGACGGGUCUCGAGCGUCUCGAAAUUCUCGGAAAGAUGGAGGGCGUUGACAUCUUCGACAUGCGCCCCCUCGACGCCAGCCGCAAGGGCACGAUGGAGGAUCCCAUCACGGUCCGCUCCGCCGGCGAGGAGCAGUACCUCGGCUGCACCGGCUACCCUGCUGACUCUCAUGUCGUGACCUGGCUCGGCAUCUCCAAGGACCGCCCCAUCGAGCGCUGCCCCGAGUGCGGCAGCGUCUACAAGAUGGACUACGUCGGCGCCGAGGACGACCACCACGGCCACCACCACGGCCCCGAGUACCCCGAGCCGCAGACCUUCGCCGACUACAUCAAGCCCGAGUACCGCUACCGAUGA